AUGUCUAGUGUAAAUGUCAGCAGUGUAUAUCCGUCCUGCACUGUGUGUACACCCUCAGAACGCCUUUGUCUUCCUCUGAAGCAGAUGAGGAGAACUCCUGCCUUGAGCAACAUGAAGCUCAAAUCACAUCACACACAACAAGACUCAACAGCAGAAACUCUAUGGCAGAAUCUGCAUUAUCUCGGAACAAGUAGCUUCAAAUCCCAGCUUGGAUACCUGACUGGAACACACAAGAUGGAGCAGAAGAAGCUGAAAACACAUAGGGUCCAGUCCUGCCUGAUGUUCUGCAUGAGGACGCGUGUAAGGAUGGAGCCAAAGCAGCCUGCAGUCGAGAGCCAGGCGGACAGUACGGAGAGCAAGCUGAAGGAGCUGGCCCUCAGAUGGUUCACUGAGACCCAGGCCCCUCUCAUCCUUCAAGAAGGCAACUUCCCUGCCUGGUUCCAAGGCUUUAUCAGCAGAAAACAUGCAGAAGAUCAUCUGCGAGAUAAAGAACUGGGCUGUUUCCUCAUUAGACUUAGUGAGAAAGCCACUGGAUAUAUCCUGUCAUAUAAAGGACAUGACCGGUGUCGACACUUUGUCAUCAACCAAAAUAAGACAGGCCAGUUUAUAGUGACAGGAGACACUGAGAUGCAUGAGACUCUUACCAGUCUAAUCGAGCAUUACAAGACCAGUCCUAUCGAGCCAUUUGGGGAGUACCUAACUGUGUCUUGUUUUGAGUCCUCUACAAGUGAGCUGUACGAUGUGGUGCAGUUUGAACCGAAGGAGAAGCCAGGAGUGAGUGUGAAAGCAGGAAAGAACAUCUGGAACCAACACACUGACCAGCCAAACCAGUUUCAGCAGCCACCGAUCCUGCCACCCAAGAGGAACAUCCACGCCGCACCUCCAGUUCCAAAAAGAGGGGCCCCAAUGAAGACACAAACCAAUGAGGAGAAUCGCAACUCUGAGGUCAUGGUGCUAUAUGCACAGCUGGAUCAGUCAAGGUUUAGAGAAAGAGUAACACCUCCACUGGAGAGCAGGCGGAGUGAAUCCAGUGCUCCACAGGUGAGCCAUGGAGGUACAACCCAAGACUCUGAGCCGCAGAGUGUCAGGCCUCGGCAAAGCCCCAUUCCCGGACCACGCACUGUAUAUUCAGAACUUGCCCUAUCAGAGUGCAGAAGUAAAUCCCUCCCCCUUCUGGAUAACCGCACCAGGGGAGAUCGUUCAUACAGGCUCUCCACACCCUCUCCUAGUCCCCUACAACUGUCUCCAAACCUACAAAAAGGACACAGCAAGGGAACCAGCAGUCAGCUAAUGCCCACCUACAGCCACAGUCUGGAUAAGCUAUGUGAAAACUCCUUCUAUCAGCUGGCUGGCAAGUCAGGCAAUCCUAAUCACACUAUGCAAGCCAAGUCUACGGCAAAGAGGCAGGACAAUGACAUGUACGCUGAGGUGCCUUGCGAACCCAUGCCCAGACGUUUGCUCAUGGAGAAUACUUAUGAGCAGAUUCCUGAACCAUGGCACACUCCUAGCCAUAAGGGGCUUUCUGGACAUGGGAACACCUACGAGAUAGUAGAGAACUUCAAACCAAAGCAGAGCGAGUCUCUGCUGGGUAUUAAGGGUGAUAAAUGGAAAUGGCUUCUCCCAGAACAGUGGAAAAAAUGACCCAAUCCUCAACCUCUAAAUCAGCUGUUACAGAACACACAAAACAUGAAGAUUACACUAAAACAGGGGUAAAGAAUAAUAAUAAUAACUUAUGUCAGGGUUAUUUCUGAUACUUUUGUUUCAAAUACUUAUAUAGGUUUCUAAUCUUGUCUGCAAAUCAGCAACUA